AUGGUGGACUGCUACGUCAACGGCCACUAUGCCGACAAGUUUGCGGGCUUCCCCGGCAACCGCCCGGUCGCCUCGGUCGACCCGGAGAUCCACGCCCUACUGCUGCGCGAGAAGGAGCGCCAGUACACGGGCAUCGAGCUCAUCGCCUCGGAGAACUUCACCUCGCGCGCAGUUAUGGAUGUCCUAGGCUCGUCCCUGACCAACAAGUACUCGGAGGGCCAGCCGGGCGCCCGCUACUACGGCGGAAAUCACGUCAUCGAUGAGAUCGAGCGCCUUGUCCAGAGGCGCGCGCUCGAGUGCUUCGGCCUGGAAGAGGACGCGUGGGGCGUCAAUGUCCAGCCGUACUCCGGUUCCACCGCCAACUUCGCCCUGUACACCGGCAUUUUGAACCCGCAUGACCGCAUCAUGGGGCUCGACUUGCCCUCCGGCGGCCAUCUCACGCAUGGCUUUUAUACCGCCAAGAAGAAGAUCUCCGCCACUAGUGUCUACUUUGAGUCGCUGCCGUAUCAAGUCAACCGCGAGACCGGCUACAUAGACUACGACAAGCUCGAGGAGCAGGCUCUGCUGUACCGUCCCAAGCUGCUCAUCUGCGGCGCCAGUGCCUAUCCGCGCGACUGGGAUUUCCCUCGUCUGCGCGCCAUCGCGGACAAGGCCGGUGCCAUGUUGCUGUGCGACAUGGCACACAUUUCGGGCCUCGUCGCCGUUGGCGAGGCUGCCAACCCGUUUGACCUCUGUGACUUUGUCACCUCCACCACUCACAAGAGCAUGCGGGGGCCGCGCCAGGGGCUCAUCUUCUUCCGUAGAGGGGAGAAGCGCGCCGCCGAUGGCACCCCCACGGGGGAGAGGUACAACUGGGAAACUCCCAUUAACGAGGCCGUCUUCCCUGGCUGCCAGGGUGGCCCGCAUAACAACACCAUUGGCGCUCUAGGCGUUGCCUUGACGGAGGCCAUGACCCCCGAGUUCAAGCUUUACAUCAAGCAGGUCAGGGCCAAUGCCCGCACGCUGGGAGAGGAGCUUGUGAAGAAGGGCUAUACCCUCAUCACGGGGGGCACGGAUAACCAUCUCGUGUUGUGGGACUUGCGGCCGAAUGGUAUCACCGGGUCCAAGGUGGAGCUGCUUUGUGACAUGGUGCACAUUACGCUCAACAAGAACGCCGUCGCGGGCGAUAAGUCGGCGCUAACGCCUGGCGGCGUGCGCAUUGGCGCGCCGGCGAUGACUUCGCGCGGACUGGUCGAGGACGACUUUGUCAAGGUCGCCGAGUUUUUGGAUCGUGCGGUCAAGCUCUGUUUGACGAUUCAGAAAGAAUCUGGGAAGAAGCUGAAGGACUUUGCCGCCGUUGCCGCGAAGAACGAGGACGUCAAGACGCUGCUUCACGACGUCGUCAAGUUUUCGAAGGCGUUCCCCAUGCCCGGUGGUCUGCUCUGAAGGAGCUGUAGUGUUUUUCCCUUUCCUUUAGUAAUGGUUUCAGUGGCCCUGCCAGUGAUUUGGAUGACUGCAGUUAGUUUUGUGGUUGGACAGAGUUGCUAUGAGUGUUUGCAGGAGCACGAAUGAUACACGUAAAGAAACCUUGCCCGUUAUAUGGCUUCGUGCCAUGGAGCGAUGACGA